CCAGUCCAGGAACUAGAGAGAGGGGAGAGAAGGGAAAGGAGGAAGAGGAAACACAAUUCCCUGCCGAACCCCAGCCCCAUACCCAGUGCAACCAACAGGUAGGCAAGCUUGCAGAGAAUACUCGGAGUCCCGUGAGCAGUAAACAGGUCCAAGACUGGAAAAUACGUCCCUUUGGUACCAGCUCACACUCCUGCUCCAGCCUCCACUCCGGCCCCCACUUCAGCUCCAGCCUCGCGCCCAGUUCCGGCCAUCCAUCCGCGUGUUUGCGUCCUCCCUCUCCGUUCCUGCCGUACGCGAGCUCCUGCUCCGGGAUUCUGUCUCCAGACCCUCAGGCCAUGGCUGGACCCUUCUCUCGUCUGCUGGCCGCCCACCGGAGGCUCAGGCUCCUGGCUUUGGCUGGAGCUGGGUCUCUAGCCGCUGGGUUUCUGCUCCGCCCGGAAUCUGUACGAGCCACCAGUGAGCGACGGAGACUGUAUCCCCCGAGCGCUGAGUACCCAGACCUCCGAAAGCACAACAACUGCAUGGCCAGUCACCUGACCCCAGCAGUCUAUGCCCGGCUCUGCGACAAGACCACACCCACUGGUUGGACGCUAGAUCAGUGUAUCCAGACUGGCGUGGACAACCCCGGCCACCCCUUCAUCAAGACUGUGGGCAUGGUAGCUGGAGAUGAGGAGACCUAUGAGGUAUUUGCUGAGCUGUUUGACCCUGUGAUCCAAGAGCGACACAAUGGAUAUGACCCCCAGACAAUGAAACACACUACUGACCUGGAUGCCAGCAAGAUCCGUUCUGGCUACUUUGAUGAGAGGUAUGUAUUGUCCUCAAGAGUCAGAACUGGCCGAAGUAUCCGGGGACUUAGCCUGCCUCCAGCCUGCACAAGGGCAGAGCGACGAGAGGUGGAACGUGUUGUGGUGGAGGCUCUGAGUGGCCUGAAGGGUGACCUGGCUGGACGUUACUAUCGGCUCAGUGAAAUGACAGAGGCUGAGCAGCAGCAGCUUAUUGAUGACCACUUCCUAUUUGAUAAGCCUGUGUCCCCAUUGCUGACUGCAGCAGGAAUGGCUCGAGACUGGCCAGAUGCUCGUGGAAUCUGGCACAACAAUGAGAAAAGCUUCCUGAUCUGGGUAAAUGAGGAGGAUCACACGCGGGUCAUUUCCAUGGAGAAGGGUGGAAACAUGAAGAGAGUGUUUGAAAGAUUCUGCCGAGGCCUCAAAGAGGUGGAGCGGCUGAUCCAGGAGCGUGGCUGGGAGUUCAUGUGGAAUGAGCAUUUGGGAUACAUCUUGACCUGUCCAUCUAACCUGGGCACCGGACUUCGGGCAGGAGUGCAUGUCAAACUGCCCCUGCUAAGCAAAGAUAGCCGCUUCUCAAAGAUCCUGGAGAAUCUAAGGCUCCAAAAGCGUGGCACUGGAGGAGUGGACACAGCUGCCACAGGCAGCAUCUUUGACAUCUCUAAUUUGGACCGACUUGGCAAGUCAGAGGUGGAGCUGGUGCAGCUGGUCAUCGAUGGAGUAAACUAUCUGAUUGACUGUGAGCGCCGUCUGGAGAGAGGCCAGGAUAUCCGCAUCCCUCCACCUCUUAUCCAUGGCAAGCAUUAACUCCCAUCCCCAGCAGAUGAUGAUUCAAGAUCCUCAGGACUUCUACUCAUUCUAAUGGUGGCCCAUUCUAUUUGCCCUGGAUGUCUUGACCUCACUCCCUUUGUCUUAGUAAAGACUCCUUGCUAUGCUCCA